UGGAAUGGAACAUGGUAAUAAAGCUUUCAUUUCUUUGAUUUACUUUUAAGGAUUCAUGCCCCAGCCCCGAAACGGCUGCCGGCACAACAGCCCCAGAAUCACCUCCAGAGCAACACAGAGUUUCUGUGGAACAAGGAGCAACAUUUGUAAGUUCAUGAAUAUCCGUGAGAUCCUUAACAAGACAACUGAUGGAAAAUGCAUGGUUCUCGGUCUUGAGGAACAGAAUCAUAUAUCAAUUAAGGAAAGAUGUUCCAUGGUCCGGAUUCUUGUGUCCCACUUAAUUGAGCGCUUUGGAGAGAAUCCAUCUUCAGGUGCAAAGGCUCUGCUGGCAUCGUCCAUUGUGGAUCAGUUUCCAUGCCUGAGGGACUGUCAAGGCACAGGCUAUGAUGCAUGGUUCACCCCAGGGAGAAGUCAUAAACCCGCAACAGGCUUUCUGGAAGAGCGUCUCCGCAAUGUCAGAAAAAGGCUCCACUCUGGCAGACGGGUACAUUUAACAUCACAAGUGCCACAACACACCCGGGUCAUUUUGCCAGAACCAACUAUAACUCCAGAGCGGGCCAUCCAGUUGACGGAGUGGCUGAAAAACAACAUCUGGCCCCAGUCCCAGGUUGGCCAACACAUGUUGGAGACUGCUCUCCAUCGGGCCCAGUGGAUCCGUUCUAAUGGGACCACAUCACUGCUGGACAUUAUCACAGAGUUCCCACGCUUAGUGGACACUCCAGGCAUGAUUUCUCAGGAUUUCUCAGUAUUACAUCCAGAGUCCUCUGGGAGACUGACUGAGAACUGGAACCCUCUGUUCUCAGCCAAGAUCAUCUGCAUGGCCAAGAAAGAGAAAACAGCUGACCUUCUCGCCAACAUAGAUUCGCUCUCAGGAGACAAACAAGGCGAUAUAGCCCUGCAGCUGCUGCCGGUUCUACUCCCAGCUGCACCGUACAGACUGGGGAAAAGAGUUGUCCGUCCCAGCAGCCUGGAGACACGCCGGGCCUUCAUCCAUGUCCAGCCUAUUGCAACCAACAUGGCCGACUACCUGAUGAGAUCCAGCACAGAGCCCCCAUACGUUCUAAUGCUGGGGAAGGACAUCAGUGCUCUCAAGCUUUCAUCAUUGUGA